GGAGCGUCACAGCCCGUCGAGGUUGGAGGUCGGACACGCCCCUCAACUCUGGGAGCAGCGCGGCGGGUUCACGUGCUGCUGCUCCUCGGCCGCGCGAGUCGCCGGUGGAGCGGGAAGCGGCAGCAGCAGCAGCGGGGAGACAACACGACACGACACGACACGAGACGAGGGGAGAGGAGGGUGGGAACUUGUACCUCCCUCCUUGUUUGGCGCAUACGUCGUCGAGCUCAGCCUGCCAGUGGUCCCGAGGGGGAGGGGGCGAGGAGGAAGGAAGGCGGGAGAUCCACCUGCCGGACCGCAGACACACCUCGGCAUGGACGCCCUGAAAUCCGCCGGCAGGGCGAUCAUCAAGAGUCCCGGAGUUCCGCGGCACACAUGGGGAACUUCCAAGCACGAAAAGCUGCCAGAGAACUGGACAGACACCAAGGAGACUCUGCUGGAGGGGAUGGUGUUCAACGUGAAGUACCUGGGAAUGACACUGGUGGGCCAGCCUAAAGGAGAGGACAUGGCUUCAGCUGCCAUUCAUAGAAUUGUCGCCACGGCCAGAGCCAGCGCUAAAAAGUUUCGGAAAGUAACGCUGACAGUCUCACCGAAAGGCAUCAUCAUCACCGACACAGAGACUUCAGACCUCAUCGAGAAUGUCUCCAUAUACAGAAUCUCAUACUGCACGGCAGAUAAAACUCAGGACAAGGUCUUUGCUUAUGUCUCUCAGAGUCAGUUCAAUGAGACUCUGGAGUGCCAUGCUUUUCUCUGCCAAAAGAAGAAGAUUGCUCAGGCUGUGACAUUAACGGUAGCCCAGGCCUUUAAAGUGGCUCUGGAUCUCUGGGAGAUUGCUCAGGAAGGCAAAAGCAAGAAAAGCAGGACCUGCUGCUCCUGUGCAGCGAGCAACGUGCAGACCGAGACGUCAGGCGCUCAGUGUGUUCCAGCAGAAGGACACAAGCCAGUCGGGAUGGAGGAGCGGCUCCGGAGGCCUUUCUUCUCCGCCUCACUCAGCACGUCCUCACCUCGUAGUAACCCCACUCGAAGGAGGCCGAUCAAACAUGACUCCUGGGACGUGGAGGAUGGACUCGAUGAUGCGUUCUCAAGGUGUUACAGUAGUGACCUCACCUUGCGGCCCUCUAGAGUGCAGAGCUUCCUGAUGUGGUACUGCAUGAGCUCGGAAACUUCCUCUAAGAAAAGCCCCAGACUGCGUAUACUCCUGCGGUGCAAGACGAUAGUCUUCCUGGAGGAGGGGUCGCUGUUCUUCACCAGCAUCACCCUCUUACCGUACCUGUGGUGGUGAAUAUGUCGACCUUGGCCUGAUUGCGCGUCCUCGGGCCUGGGUGGCCUCCCGAGAACGCACUGGUGCGGAUGAUGGUGAUGUGGCGGGUGAGUGUGAUACAAAGGUAAAACCUGCGUCUCUAAUGCUUCCAGGGCCUGGGCAUGUCUAUAGUCAGAGCAAAGACAGCAGACUUCCAGAGGUUCAUGGUGGCCCACCAUGCCGUGGUGGGUGAUCCUGGGGAGGCGGGUGUUGUGAUGGUUCAGGGGCAGUGAGGACUUGUGGGAGCCUUCACCUCCGACAGCAUUGAAGCACUGGAAGCUGCGCUUGUGGGAGGACAUUCUGAGCGGACGUCUCUCCUCCCCGCCCCUGAUGAAAGAUUUCACGCGAGCAGACGCAGGCGGCAGUGACAGGGGGUUGUCAUGUUUCUCCUGAGCCGCCUAUGGGAAGGAAAUGCACCGCACAUCUGCGUGGCUCCCAUCCAUUUCAAACUGAAAGACAAGACAUAAAAUAACAAUAUAAGAUGCUAAUAUGUCAGCAAAAGUGAUCAGUUAAAGACAAAACAAACUCAAACGUGGCAGAAAUUCCAUUUUUCUUCAUGUCUCACUUUUCUCAUCAGUUUUAAAUAUUUUUGUUUUAUUGAUGUUUUCUUUUACACGCAAACAUCUAUUGCGCUUCUGUGGCUCCUCUGCUGAAGCACUUGAGUCACGUGAGCGAGUGGCUUUUUGAUCUGGGCUGACAUAAGGCUCGUCUGAAAAAGAAAAUCCUCACAAAGAGACACCUUGAAGCCUCGAUGUUGAGAUACUGUAUAUUAAAUUAAGGUCAUGGAUUUGCUGUUUUAUUCUUGUAGGUAUUUUGACACUAAUAGGAUACAUCCUCAGACUUCUACCUAAGGGACUGAGAUUAUUUAUUGACAUUUAUUUUGAGGACAACAAUACUUUUGUUUUUUAAACAGAUGUAUGAAUAUUCUAAGUUUAAUUGUGCAACCAUGUAUCCAGUCCAACAAUGCAUUUAAUCUCUAUUUUAGCAGCUGUUGAACAAAUUUAAGAAGGGCUUCAUGUGACAUGGUAAGCACACAUGUACAGGCUGCUGUGGAGAUCAAAGAGUAAAUGAAGACAAGAAUAAUGAGGAUAGAGCCAUAAAUAAAUCCUCCAAGUGACUUUAAAUAACAAGCUUAGGUCUCUGCAAGCGGCGAAAGUGAACGUUACCCCAGCGAUUGUCACCGUCACAUGGAGAGAACGCCUCCUUAGCCAGUUUUUCCUUCAGUCAAUAAUGCAAGGAUUACCUGCAAAACAUCAGAAAUAUCUGCAAUGAGAAUUAUGUAUUCUUAUUAAGACAAUACAGGGAGGUAAGGAGAAUUCGUGGUUGCUUGAUGGAAGGGGAUGCAAUCCAACAAAGAAGUACAAACAGAAAUAAGCUAAGCAUGACUGACACCUUUAAAGAACAGGUUUGGCUGUUGUCCUUGUUCUUGUAUUAGCAACGUGAUAGACAUGCACUGAGUAUUUCCUCUACAGCAAAACCUUUUGACGGCGCAAACAAGUAAUUGACUGCUGCAAAAUAUGCUUGUAUGUCAUGCUGCCAGCCUUGUUCUUCAAGUCUUGAGUUGAGCCCAUACCCGUUUAUAGCCAAGAAUGCAUUUUGGUUAUCUUAGAAUAUAAAUUGGUAAGAAAAGGUUAUUUUCAACAACAUCAUACAAUGUUAUGACGGUGAAUUCUUUAUCGUUAUACUGAAUUCAGCGGUUUGAAUACAAUCUUCUGUCAAGUGAGGUUAUAAUAUGAAUCAAUCAAAAUGUCCUACUUGAACUACCAACACUAAACCUUACAUUGUCCCUAUAUCUCAUGACCGUACGAAGAUUUUUUUUUAAAGCAGGAUGCCAAUAUUAUAGGUGCCACAAGAGGCUUCGCUUUUCUGCAAAUUAGCUCUUGCUUAAACAAAUGGAGUGCCAGUUUGUACUCGGUGGAUUACAAAUGCAAAACAUUUGGCUCUUUAUUCACCAGAAUCAGGAAACAUACGUGGCCUUGGAUUCUUAAGAGAAUGCUACUUAUCCCCGAGGUGUCAUGUUUGCCAACUCGGGCUGCUAAAAGUGUUCAAACAAGGAAAAUAAAAAAAUCGCAUCCUGCACACAGGCCAGCCUGAGUUCAUCCAGUUUAACGUGGACUACUGUAUCCUCUCUGCAUGAGUCAUAUGAACAAACAUCUGCACGCCUUUAACUUGAAUUCCAACUUAAUGUGAUCUUUUGCAAGCGCAGUUUCCUGUGGCAUUCUUGUUGUUGUUUAACUUUAAAGAGCAGAGAUAAAGCAGCACAGCCAAAAUGUACAGAAUAUAGUAUUACAUUACAUUACAUUCGUGCCACCUGUAGUAUAACACUCACAUGAUCCACAGUGAUAAUCCAAGGGGAAAGAGAAUCAAAGUGAAUAUGGACCGUUCCAAAGCCACAGAAUGUAUCCCGCAGAAACACCAGAGCUAUUGCGAGCGGAGGAAGGAGAAAGCAGUUCAAAAGCCUCCCUCCAGCAGCGGGCCUACCUGCUAAUCAGGUACAUGGGAAGCUAAGGAUAGAAUGAAAAGCCGCACUAAUCACCCUGAGAUUGGUCUGAAAUCUGCUGAGGCUUUGGACACAUGACUUGGACUUCACCAUUGCAUAAAGGGAGUUAAACACACUUUUAGAAAGCAGCUGGAGGCUCAGCGGCAAUCUAUGACGGGGCGUAAUGUUCCUGCUAUUACCUGCCAGCUUUUGUUCUUAUUAUACACCAACCUGUCCUUUUAUGAUGCCAAAUGAUUCUUGUUACUGAGGUUUGUUUGAGCAAGAAUACUUUAAUAAAUUAAAAAAUAAAUUAUCUAAAUAACUUCCAUCUUAGGUUUUCUGUUUUCUGUUACUGAAGAGAGACAUAAUAGUUGUCAUUAGUAAAAGAAGAGUUUUGCUACAGGAAAAAGCAACUCAUAUCUGUCGGGGGGGGGGAAAUAGUUUUGAUCCAACUUGUGAGAUUGAUAUCAUCCUCUUCUGUGGCAUAUUUUUCUCUGCAUGUCUUUUGAGUUCAAGUUCAUAAGUCGUUACUCUUUCAUUUUCUGGAGUUACACCGUUGCUGUGGUUUAAAUACAUCCAUGUGAUUACAGUUUAAGUU